UUGUGUCCCCAGCCCUCGGGCGUUUCUGUCCAACGCCCACGUCAGCAAAUACCUUUUGUUUCUCUCACGUUGGGGCUACUGGUUUUAGGGCGCACAGGAGCGGCUGCGGGAGCGCGUCUGGCUGCGGGAGAGCACCGGGAAGCGUCCCCGGCCCUCGCGCGGCCGCCGGUGCGCCAGGGCCCGCGGACAGUCCUCAAUACAUGAACUUUGUUUGCUUGGGAAUCUUCCUGUUUUUUAUUUCAUUCACCUGAUUUAACAGAGUUUCAAGAACAGAGUUUCCAGAAUGGAGAUCUCCUCGCAUCAGUCUCACCUGCUGGAACAGCUGAACGAGCAGCGCCGGCAAGACGUGUUUUGUGACUGCAGUAUUCUGGUUGAAGGAAAGGUCUUCAAAGCACAUCGAAAUGUGUUAUUUGCUAGUAGUGGCUACUUCAAAAUGCUUCUCGCUCAGAAUUCAAAGGAGACGAGUCAGCCAACCACAGCCACAUUUCAGGCGUUCUCCCCUGACACUUUCACGGUUAUCCUGGACUUUGUCUAUUCUGGCAAACUGUCACUCACUGGGCAGAAUGUCAUCGAAGUGAUGUCUGCUGCCAGCUUCCUUCAGAUGACUGAUGUUAUUGGUGUAUGUAAGACUUUUAUUAAAUCUUCCCUUGACAUUAGUGAGAAGGAAAAAGAUCGCUAUUUCAGCCUCUCAGAUAAGGAUGUCAGUUCCAAUGGUACUGAACGUCCCUCGUUUUACAGUGGCAGCUGGCAAGAAGAAAGCGGUUCUCCACAUUCUCACCUCAGCCCAGACCCAGGAGCGGGUGGCAUAAGUGGGAAGUCGUGGAGUAAAUAUAAUUAUAACCCAGCCUCCCAGAGGAGUACUCAGCCUCCUUUGGCCAAGCAGGAACAAAGGAAAGAUUCUAUCAAAAAGGCCAAACAUUUGAGAUUAUCGCAGCCUUCUGAAGUUGUUCAUUUUAAGUCAAGCAAACAAGAAGCAUGCACAUCUGAUUCUUCCAGCCACAUUUCGCAAUCUGAGGAACAAGCUCAAAUUGAAGUUGAAGUGGACUCUGGUCCUGUAGGCUAUCAGUAUGGUCAAGGAUCUGAUGUCACAUCCAGGAGUUUCCCAGAUGAUCUUCCCAGGAUGCAGUUCAAGUGCCCGUACUGCACACACGUGGUGAAGCGGAAGGCUGACCUUAAGCGCCACCUGCGCUGCCACACCGGAGAAAGGCCCUAUCCGUGUCAAGCUUGUGGGAAACGGUUCAGCAGGCUGGACCAUCUUAGUAGCCAUUUCCGAACAAUUCACCAGGCAUGCAAACUGAUCUGCAGAAAAUGCAAACGCCAUGUGACUGACUUAACAGGGCAAGUGGUACAGGAAGGAACCAGGCGCUACAGACUGUGCAAUGAGUGCCUUGCUGAGGUUGGCGUAGACAGCCUCCCCAUUGAUCUGGAAGCCGAGCAGCAUCUCAUGUCCCCCGCAGACGGAGACAAGGACUCUCGGUGGCACUUGAGUGAAGAUGAGAAUAGAUCCUAUGUGGAGAUUGUGGAGGACGGGUCUGCCGACCUCGUCAUACAACAGGUUGACGAUAGUGAAGAAGAAGAAGAAAAGGAAAUGAAGCCCAACAUUAGGUAGCUGGAUGUGCCGACAGCGCUGGCGUGGCUGCGGUUUAUAAUGACUUCCUGUAUUUCUCUUUCCGUGGUCAAAGUUUGGUGGACAGAUGUAUCCUACUGACUUAAAACCUGAGCUAUGUACCUUGCAUGCUUUCUGCGCAGGCCAUUGUACCCAUUUUGAACGUGGUCGCCCUAAUGUCUGUUGCUGCAGUGGAGAGGCAUGGCUUGCGCUGGCACGAUGACGAACACUUAUCCUCUUACUUUGUUGCAGAGACACCCUUUUCCUUUUAAUAUCAAAAGAUCUACUUAGCAAACAUUUUUCAUAGAAAAUAUUUUAAAUAAAUUGAUCACAACCAAACUUUACGUAAGGUAAUUUUAAGGUGUUUCAAAACUACAUACCCAGGGGCCGGGAAGAUGGCUCAGUAGAAUAAGUGCUUGCCUGGCAAGUGCAAGGG